CAAAAUUACAUAUUCCGAAACUUGUGUACGAAUUGUGAUUUCAUACUAUAACAUGAAUACAAAAUUUUCAAUUCUUGUUUUACCUUUGCUUGUUGUUUCAUCUUAUUGUUCAACAAUCUUUAGUUUAUCAUCUGAAGGUUCACUUUCUGCUCCACAAGAUUUAAUUUCGUCUCGAAAUGGAAAAUUCACUGCUGGUUUCUACUCUGUUGGUGAUAAUGCAUAUAUCUUUGCUAUAUGGUUUACUAAUUCAUUGGCGGAUGGAACCAACACAAUUGUUUGGAUGGCUAAUCGUGAUCAACCGAUAAACGGACAAAAAUCACAUCUGUCGCUGUUUAAAUCAGGCAAUCUUGUACUGAUUGACGCGAAUCAGAUCAAUGUUUGGGAAUCUGGUACACAAUCAUCAACUUCCUCUGUUGAGUUAAGGUUGUUGGAUAAUGGAAAUCUUGUUCUUGUAACUUAUGAAGGUCAAAGAUUAUGGCAAAGCUUUGAUUCACCAACAGAUACACUUCUUCCUGAACAACCACUUACGAAAACCUCAAAGCUUGUAUCGCGUAGAAGCUUGAAUAAUUUCUCCUCUGGAUUCUAUCAGUUACAUUUUAAUGAAGAUAAUGUCCUGCAUCUUGUCUUUGAUGGAAUAGAGAUGACAAGUGUGUUCUGGCCAAGUCCGUGGUUAAUCGUUUGGGAUGCAGGUCGAUCCACUUACAAUGACAGCAAAACAGCAGUUCUUGAUCGUUUUGGGAAUUUUACAUCGAGUGAUCGAUUUGGAUUCCAAUCUGCUGAUUAUGGUUUGGAAUUGCAAAGAAGAUUCAGCCUUGACGUAGAUGGAAACCUUCGAUUGUACAGCCUAGAUAAGCUGAGCAACAUUUGGAAAGUUUCUUGGCAGUUAUUUCCAGCAGCCUGCAGGAUUCAUGGAGUUUGUGGAUUGAACAGUUUAUGUUCCUAUGAUCCUGUCUCUGGCAGAAAAUGUUCUUGUGUACCAGGAUACAGGAUGAAAAAUCCUAAAGAUUGGUCCUAUGGUUGUGAACCAGAAUUCGAUAUCUCUUGCAACGAUACAAGCUCGUUGGACUUCAUUCCACUUCGCCAUGUUGAGUUUUACGGGUAUGAUAUUGCAUAUUUUCGCAAUAAAACAUUGCAAGAAUGUAAAGAUUUGUGCUUGAAACAUUGUGAUUGUAAAGGUUUUGAAUACAAGUAUGUUGAGGGCAAUGGUACCUAUGGUUGUUACCCGAAAACACUUCUGUUCAAUGGCUAUGUUCAAGCUAGUUGGCCUGAUUUUGUUUACCUUAAAGUGCCUAAAGCACGACGUUCCUGGCAGGAGCAGUAUGAAGGAAGCCUUCAAUGUGACGAUAAAAAGGUGAUGUUGGAUAGAGCUUAUAGAAGGAAAGAACAUGGUGGAUGGAUGAAGCCAUUCAUUUGGUCAGUUGUUGUAGGUGGAGUCUUUGAAAUUCUGUGUGUUCUCACUUACUUUAUUAAAACGAGAAAAAGCUCGAAUGAAACCACACAAGGCUACCUUCAGCUUUCGACAAGAUUCAAGAAAUUCACCUAUGCUGAGCUUAAAAAGGCCACUUCCAAUUUCAGUGAAGAGAUAGGUCGAGGAGGUGGUGGUAUUGUGUACAAAGGGAAGUUGUCUGAUGACAGAGUUGCAGCUAUAAAGUCUCUCUAUGGAGCUAACUAUCAAGGAGAAGCAGAAUUUCUAGCUGAAGUGAGCACUAUAGGCAACGUUAAUCACAUGAAUUUGAUCGAAAUUUGGGGAUAUUGUGCUGAGGGAAAGCACAGGCUUUUAGUUUAUGAGUACAUGGAGUAUGGUUCUUUGUCAGAUAAUUUGAAUGCCAACAAUCUUGAUUGGGAAAAAAGGUUUGAAAUCGCGUUGGGAACGGCUAAAGGACUUGCAUACUUGCAUGAAGAAUGCUUAGAAUGGGUUUUGCAUUGUGAUGUAAAGCCUCAGAACAUACUUUUAGAUUCCAAUUACAAGCCAAAAGUUGCUGACUUUGGGCUUUCAAAGAUAUUUAACAGAGGUGGCUUGGAUCAUUCAAACUUUUCCACGAUAAGGGGGACGAGAGGAUACAUGGCUCCAGAAUGGGUAUUCAAGAUGCCUAUUACAUCCAAAGUCGAUGUCUAUAGUUAUGGCAUUGUUUUAUUAGAGAUGAUCACAGGUAAGAGUCCAGAAGUUUGUGCUGCUGGUGGCUCGGGGGAUGAUGAUUCUAUGGGACUAGGAUUGUUGGUCACUUGGAUUAGAGAAAAAAUGCGCGAAAACAGUGAAAGAAAAUCAUGGAUUCAACAAAUUGUGGAUCCUGCAUUGAAUGGUAAAUUCGAUUUGGAAAAAAUGGAGAUCUUAUUAAAGUUAGCUUUGCAAUGUUCGGAAGAAGAUAGAGAUGCAAGACCUACCAUGUGUGAGGUGGUGGAUAAAAUGCUUCAUCCAGAAAAUUUCGAGUUAAAAUUAGACAUGUUAAUGUAGUUUCUCAAGAUG